CGACUAGCUCUCUGGGUGACUGUUGCUACAUGGGAUCGAGAGCAGGACAGUGGAGUAGCUGUUGUAUUACCUGGAAGAUUAGGGCCUGAGGGGACUGUUGGGCUGGAUAGGAAGCUGCCUUCUUAGCCUGUCUGUACAUGUCUGUGUGGAGAGAUGCAGCUCUGUAGGCUACAUACAGUAGGUCAGACAAGUGUGUGUUGCAGUACUGUACAGGCCUAGUGGGAAAAGUUAGCGUUCGUGUGUAUGUGUCUGUUUCAUAAUCUAUUUGUCAAAAGUGCACUCCUGUGCGUGCAUGUGAUUGGCUGUUAUUGUAAACACCUGGUCUUUCCAGACAGGUGUGGAAUGAGUGGUAUGUGGCACUGGCAGUGAAAUGUGGCUAAUGACUGCCCUAAUGUUUUUAAAAAACGGUUAUUUUAUUGUAUGACAGAGACAGAAUGUGAGACAGAGAGAGAGAGAAGUCUGAACAAUGGUACUAAACUCAGUAGUACAUUAACUGCACAGGGAGUUUUCCUGGACAAACAAAGAAGGAUAGAGAGGGUACAGAAAGAGAGAGAAGGGUCAGAGAGGGAGUGAGAGGGAAGAGACUUUGGUUCACAAGGCAGGAAACAACACGUGAUUCUGUCAGCUCCAGUGCAAGGAACAUUUUGGAGGAAUGAGAAAUUCUGCUCCGAUCAUGUUUUUCUAUUACCAUUGGUGUGACUGGAAGGGUUGCUGCACAUGAUAAAAAACAUAUAUACAGUAGCUGUGUAAAUUCUGAUCUUUGUUGUGGUGAGAAGCUAAGUACAAAGUGCAAGUGUGAAUGUGUGUAAGUCUGGUCCUCUUCCCUCAUGAGAUCCAGCAGGAGAAGUUUCCUGCCACGCUGGUCUAAUUUCUACAUUGUGGAAACAGAGACCCAGUGUGCGGAGCCUCCCGGGGCCCACUCAGACGGCCCCUACAGCCAGACCACAGCGUACCUGCGUGGCACAGAGCGCUACAGUGACAGCAGCAGUGGUCCUGGUCCUCCAGGCCCUCGGGGGCCUCCGUGCGUGGCCCCUCCCAGCUCGGCAAGCCUUGCCUGGGCACUGCGAACACGCCAUCAGCCUGCCAGCCUGGCCCUCCGCAAGCAGGAGGAGGAGGAGAACAAGAGGUGCAAGGCCAGUCUCUCUGACAGCUAUGAGCUCUCCACAGACCUGCAGGACAAGAAGGUGGAGAUGUUGGAGAGGAAGUAUGGUGGCUCCUUUGUGAGCCGCAGAGCAGCCCGGACCAUCCAGACAGCCUUCCGCCAGUACCGUAUGAACAAGAACUUUGAGCGCCUCCGCAGCUCGGCGUCCGAGAGCCGCAUGACGCGACGCAUCAUCCUGUCCAACAUGCGGCUGCAGUACUCGUUUGACGACCGCCAGCCGCAGCAGCAGGGGACCGGAACACAGACGAACUUCACACACAGUGUGGGCAUCGGCCCUCCUCAUUCACCUGACGCAGAAAGGACAGGAGACUACACACACCUGGAGGACUCCUUCACCAAACAGGUGAAGACCCUGGCUGACUCCAUGGACACCGCCCUGACCUGCCGAGGCGGGCGGGAUGACUCCCAGGAGGACUUUGGGGAGUGUGUGUGGAGCAGCAGCAGUAACCCCUCCUCUCAGAGAGGCCUGUGUGAGAGACCCCGGGGAGGGGGAGGGGGCCUCAGCAUGCACGGAGACAGCACAGCCACCUCCUACAGUGAUGUCACUCUAUACAUGGACGACUGCAUGCCCUCCUCGCCUCUCUCACUGGACCGGGCUCCCAGCAGCACAGACACUGAGUACUGGGGCCCUGGGGGAGGCGUGGGGGCCCGUGAGGACAGCAGGGACACUGAGGGAGGGGGUAGCAGUAACAGCCGUCGCAGCACUCCCUGCACGGAGUGUCGAGACUACCGUCUGAGGGGCGCCCACCUGCCCCUGCUCACCAUCGAGCCCCCCAGCGACAGCUCCGUGGACAUGAGCGACCGCUCUGACCGUGGCUCCCUCAGCAGACAGAUCUACGAGCAGGAGCCAGCGGGAGGAGCGGGCUCUCCUCAGGGAACACUCAAACACUCCCCUAACACUCCCCGCUCUGUCCCCACAGCCGCAGCGCAGGGCCAGACCCGCGCCCCCGGCCGGGGCCCCCCCCUGCCCACUCAAAUCCCCCACCACGUGGCACACCACCAUCACCACCACCCUCACCACCACCACCAGUACCCAGACACCCCCUCAUCCUCCUCCUCCCCCCAGCAGCCCCCCACCACCCCCCUGUCCUCCUCCUCCUCUGCUGUGCUGCCCCCUGGUGGCCUAGAGCAGCCCUGUCUGUCUGACGGGGACAACGACUCUCUCAACUCCACCACCAACUCCAACGAGACGGUGAACUGCAGCUCUGGCUCCUCGUCUCAGGACAGCCUGAGGGAGCCCCUACCCCCUCUGGGAAAGCAGACCUACCAGAGAGAGAGUAGACACAGCUGGGACUCACCGCCAUUUAACAACGACGUGGUGCAAAGACGCCAGUACCGCAUCGGACUCAACCUAUUCAAUAAGAAGCCAGAAAAAGGGAUCCAAUACCUGAUCGAGAGAGGUUUUGUGUCCGACACUCCGGUCGGGAUCGCUCGCUUCAUCCUGGAGAGGAAGGGCCUUAGCAGACAGAUGAUCGGAGAAUUCCUCGGCAACCGGCAGAAACAGUUCAACAAGGACGUACUGGACUGUGUGGUGGACGAGAUGGACUUCUCAGGUAUGGACCUGGACGAUGCUCUGAGGAAGUUCCAGGCCCAGAUUAGAGUUCAAGGAGAAGCCCAGAAAGUAGAGAGGCUCAUAGAAGCUUUCAGUCAGCGGUACUGUGUGUGUAACCCGACGCUGGUCCGCCAGUUCCAGAACCCAGACACCAUCUUCAUCCUGGCCUUCGCCAUCAUCCUCCUCAACACGGAUAUGUACAGCCCCAACGUCAAGGCAGAGAGGAAGAUGAAGUUAGAGGACUUCAUCAAGAACCUCAGAGGAGUGGACAACGGCCAGGACAUUCCCAGGGAUCUGUUGGUUGGGAUCUACCAGCGCAUCCAGAAGUGGGAGCUAAGGACCAACGAUGACCACGUGUCCCAAGUGCAGGCGGUAGAGAGAGUCAUAGUAGGCAAAAAGCCUGUGAUGUCUCUGCCACACCGCAGGCUGGUAUGCUGCUGUCAGCUAUAUGAGGUGCCUGACCCCAACCGACCCCAGAGGACAGGAGUUCACCAACGGGAGGUCUUCCUGUUCAACGACCUGCUGGUGGUGACUAAGAUUUUCCAGAAGAAGAAGACUUCUGUGACGUACAGUUUCAGACAGUCCUUCCCUCUGGUGGAGAUGCAAGUCCACAUGUUCCAGAACUCCUACUACCCCCACGGUAUCCGUCUGACCUCAGCAGUGUUGGGUGGAGAGAGGAAGGUCCUUAUCGUGUUUAUGGCUCCCAGCCAGCAGGACCGCACCCGCUUUGUCAGUGACCUUAAAGAGAGUAUCGCUGAGGUGCAGGAGAUGGAGAAGUACAGAGUGGAGUCCGAGUUGGAGAAGCAGAAAGGCGUGAUGCGGACUGGCCUGCUGACCGGCUUGGUCGGAGGUGGAGUGGGUGUGAAGGGUGAGGUGGCGAACGGCACCCUGGGAAGGCCCAGUCUAGAUGACAACUACUCUGCGGGAGAGGGACUCAAACGCUCGGCGCUCAGCUCAUCUCUCCGAGACCUAUCAGAUGGAGGGAAACGUGGUCGCAGAAACAGUGUUGGCUCCCUCGACAGUACCAUGGAAGGUUCCAUCAUUAGCAGCCCCCAGCCGCACCAGCGUUACCCGGUUCCGGGCGUGGUCCCAGGCUGCUACCCUACAGAAGACUACCGGCCGCAUCGCCCCAUCCUGAGCCCCGGAACGGGGGUGGGGGGUGGGCCGGGGCAACAACACACCGCUGCUGGGACGGGAGUUGGGGGGGUUCCCAGCAGUGUAGAGAGAGCGGGGGUGGGGAGCGGCCCUGGGGGGGGCAAUACGGGCUCCUUCCUGGGCUCUCUAUUCGGCAGCAAACGCGCCAAGCCACCAAGUCCCCUUAUACCACCGGGGCCACCCUACCCCGCCCCUGUCCCCCCACCCACUACGGGAGGGCCCCCUCCUCACUCCCCAUCAUCUCUGUGCCAGUCGGAGGGGGGCCCUUCCAAGAUCCAGGCCCUGCAUGCUCAGUACUGCCACACGGCCGCCGUGCAGCCCCCACCUCCCUACUACCAUCACCAUCGCUACCACGUCCUUGCUGGCCCUCCUCCCUUGCUAGGUGGGGGCGUGCCCCCUCAUAUCCUUCAGAGAGGGCCGUUCCCCUGUCGCCCUCCUAUUGGCCCCCCUCACGCCCAGCUCCAGCAGCUGGCCCAUCUCUCCCAGCUUUCCCAGCAUGGCAUGCAGGGUCGCUACAGCAACAUGGCGGUGGGCUGUCCUCCCCCCCUUUCUCCUCACUCCCAACAUUCUCAGAACCCCCAGUUCACCCUGUACCACACACAGCCCACACACUCUAUCAGGGCGGGCGCCAUGCCAGGCAAACCUCCUCUGACUUUGUCUCACUCCCACCCGCACCCCCACGCACACUCCCACACCCACCCCGGGCACCCCCUCAGUGCCGCGCCGCACCCCGCCCCCCACCCACAUCAAUCUCGCUUCAUCUUUGGCACGCUGCCCCACCAACAUCAGCAUCAGCAGCCGUCCGCUUCCGUCAACACCCAUCACGCUCCGCCCGCCGCCCAGUAUCAGCCCCUGUACCCUCCUCUCUCUUCUAUCCCCCCUCCCCCCCCCCCACUCCCCUUUACCCCCCCCUUCUACCCCCCUUAUCCCUCUUAUGCCUCUCUGCCCUCACCCCCCCCAGCACCCCGGGCAGCCUCAGCAGGGGCCCCAGGUGACGGGAGCUGGGGCGACUGGCACAGGGGGCAGCUCCAAAUCCAAACCUAUCAACCGGAUCAGCACGGUGGUGUGAGCAGCAGAACGUGGGGCCACAGAAGGCAGAGGUCAGAGGGUAGGAUGGAGGAAGGGGGCAGAGCUAGGGACAGGGAUAGAGCCAGGGCUAGUAGAGGUGAGCAGGACAGCAGCAGCAGUAACAACAGCGCCAGUGACAAGAAGAAACGCAACUUAUUUCGUCUCUGCUACUUUCACCUCCGCUUCCCACACAUGUAGACCGAGAGAGCAAAGGAAAGAGAGUUGGAGCUAAAUUGCAUGCACAUACCUGAACACAUACAAGACACACAGGCAGAAUAAACACACAUAAAGCAAUGCCCACAUAAAUGUAGGCACACAAAUAGGUUUGGAUAUAGGCAAAUAAUUUUCUCAGGUGAACUCUAUCAGCUCUCAGCACACAAACUCAUAAGGGAGAGUCACAGGUAGGAGCAAUGAUGUUGAAGUUGGCAGCAGGCAGGAAAAACCAUUAAAGAGACACACACACACACAAAAUCAACAAUUUCUCUAGCCAUAGAACUGAUGCUGGUUGUAAAUGUAUAGUAGAGGGCCUGUACCCAGUGUUUCACUGUCUGACGUAUUAUUGGAAACUCUGGACUUUGCCAAGACAUGAGCUUGAGAGUGUUUUAAACAUAAGUACCAACAUGUAAUCGUGCAACGUUAUGAAUGGGGCAAAUCUGACGAUGAAAACACGCAAGAUUUGGUUCUGGUGUUGUUGAGAUAAGGACAAUGCUGACCAACAGAAAGACCAUCUCCACCCAUCUGGAUAUGAAAAAGACUUCACCACUAAAUACAUUCCAGCAGGGUUGUACAUUGUAAACAGCCAUUGAGGAUAGUUGCAAAAAGAAUCCCCUCGAUUUUGCAAUAAUUUAUUCAGCUUCAUAAUAGGUUUGUCAAUUACCACGGCAGGUCUUCAUCACUGAAAGGUAUCCUUUUUUAAAGUAGACCUCAGAGACAUUUGCUUUGUCUUCAACUUUUAUGACUCACGGUUCAAUGGCAGUCUUAGGCUCUAUGGUCUUUUACAUGUAAAGAGAAGUCAGCUGGUUUCAUAGGGUUUACAUGCAUUCCCUAUAGGGUGUGUGGAUUAAUGACGCUACCAAUAAUAUUUUUGAAUGUUUUUAAGCUUUUUUGCUGUUGUAUAAAUGUUACAUAUGUAAUUGCUGAGUAUUAUGAAUAUUGUCUAAUAACAUAACUGUUUUGAUCCAGUGAUUAAUUAGAUAUUACAGAUGUUUGAUUGAUAAAAAAAUGAUUAUACAGAGGAUAUAUACAUUUAUUCAUUCCCUCAUACUUGUAUGUAAUGAGGGUGUUAUAAAGUGAUUUAUUUUUGUUCUCUAUGAUGGUUGCCAUUGAUAACUUUUAUUAUCAGUUAUUAUUAUUGAAUGUUAAAAAUAUUAGUUCAUAUUUAGGACAAUUUUUGUUCUUAGAGAGUUGUGUACCCUAUAUCUCCCUCAAUUUUGUCUGUUUAUUUUUAGGAGACUGGUGAUUGUGUGAACUAGUAGUUGCACAAUGUAAAAAAAAAAUGGUUAAUUGGAGUCAAAAUGCAUAUGAAUGAAUAUGCUUUCCCACCUCAGACCCCUCUGAAAGAUCCCCUUAAGGGCUUUGACCUUUUACCUGCUCAUGGACAAUGAUCCUCAUUUCAUUGGUGACCCUGUCGUUUAUGUCCUCCCUGUUAUCCUCCCUGUUGUCCUCCUUGUUAUCAUGGGACUCAGUCAGAAGCAUCUGGUCUUGUUGAGAGAGUUUCUCACAUGGCGUGUGUUUGGAUGGUCUAUGUCUUUGAACAAGCACGCUUUGUAAUAUAGUUUUGUGGUUUUGCACACGUGGUGUCUUUAAGUCAAAAAUUUAAUUAUUUUAAACACCCUCCUCACAUACCCCCUUGCCAGUCCUCAGAGAACUCUAAUAGCCUACACCCCAGCACCCCUACUGAAUGGGCUUGUCAUUAGAUCAAACAGGUUUGUUAAUCUUCUCCUCUCUCAUCUCUGUUGACCACCUUUCUUACUUCCUCUCUCUGUCCUUCUAUUGCACUGUGUUUGAACAAUGGUAGAUUGAACAAGGGAUUAGCGUUUCAGGAUAAAGGGAAUCAUUUAAUUUUAGGAUGGUGAAUUGUAGUUAGACAUGCUAGACAAUACUUGAGGACAAAGAAGAGACAGAUUAAUGUUAAAAGCCAGAACAAGAAUAUGGGUAGUCAAGGAAAAAUUUAAGGUUUUAGGGGUGGUUGAGGUUGAAGUUUUUUUGUUGGCUUUUACCUGCAUAAUUCCCUCUGUACUGUCCCUUUGUGACCCCUCUUGCAUGAAUAUAUCUGCACUUAUUGAAUGGAUUGUACUGUAUAAAUCUGAAUGUACAUAUUAUAUUGAGGUGUGCGUGCGUGCGUGCGUGCGUGCCUGCGUGCGUGCGUGCGUGCGUGUGAGUGUGCGUGUGUGAGAGAGAAAGACGAGUAGGGGACUUUGGUUUGAAUAUUGAAUUAUUUUUAUUUUAGACUGAGGGUGAGAGAAUAAAUUCCAGUAAUUAAGUGUUUGUAUGUCAGAGAACUAAUUGAUAUUAUUUUAAACAUACAGGAAGUAUGAUCUUAAGAAUUUAAUUUGUGUAUGUAGUAAGUAUUAACUGGAUGAGUAGAGAAUUGAGAUGUGAAUAUUUAUUGCUUCUGAUAUAUUAAAAAGUGUCCUUGCAGUGAAACAA